AUGAGAGGUCUAAAAAGAGUAUUUUUGGCUGGCGGGGCUGGCGUCACACUCAUGCUGUCUGGUGAAACCGCCACACUCGGAGUGACUGACGAUGGUCACUUGACCAUACCCACGUGCAAUGACCAUGGCCUCCAAAUAGAUUUUCCCGCAGCGGGGACGGCUGCCCAGUUCCGUUGCGGCGCUGAGCUCACGAGUAUCGACCCGCAGGAAAACACACAUGUAUACGAUGUGACUGAAGAGUCUUCUGCUGCAGUUAGUGGACAACUCGCUGGUUCAAUUCCCCCAGAUAUUGUAGAAAAUAGUCUUCUCAGAAAGCCUCUCAAUGACUUGUACAAGGACGCUACCUUCAAAGGCACCCCGCAGCCGGACGGAAAUACGUAUCUUCUUGAUAUUCCGGACGAGUCGCGCAUUCAUGCAAAAAUAUUGAUGUACAUUUGUAAAAGAUCCGACACCUUCCGUGGCGGCGUGGAAAGGUGCCCAGUGCUGAUCAGUGUGCCCAAGAAGGGCGAAACACCAAUCCCCCCUGAAUCCGACACUGGCGGCGGAGAACAACAACAAGAGGAUGCGAUCGCAUGCCGACCCGGAGGGAAACACCAAGUGACAAUUUCGACAGAAAAGCAAGACGUACGAUUCAAGUGUGGGCCACCCACAAACUCAUUGAGCCCCGCUCAAUCAGUUAGAGUCUUUGACAACGAGAACGACAAAUGCAAUCAGCAAGCUGAUCUCUCCACCAUCGUUCCCGAAGCAAAGCGUUCCGAAGCUGAUGAAAAUGGAGUGUACACUGUUUCGUUCCCUCGAUUUCCGUCUUCGAAGAAAUCCCUCUGCUACAAGUGCGUAAGCACCUCCGGCGGGCUGUCGUUUCCUACAACCGACUGCGAGGUCCGUAUUGCUGUACCCGGCAGUACAAUAACAUCCACGUUGAACCCCACGACAUCGGGGGAAGAAAACCAUCUUCCAACUGUCGUUGUCAGCAUUGCAGCAAAUGCAGUGAUCGCUGGCGUCGCAGGAAUGUCUUGUCUUGCUUGA